AUGAGUCAAGACCACAGUCACAUUCUGCUGAGUCAACUUCCAUCUCCUUUAAUUAACUCUGGACAUGGCUGUUACACCCAACUGACUACGCACCAAUCAGGUCCUAACGGCCUGGUCCUUGGUAGAACCCAACUGACUACACACCAAUCAGGUCCUAACGGCCUGGUCCUUGGUAGAACCCAACUGACUACACACCAAUCAGGUCCUAAUGGUCUGGUCCUUGGUAGAACCCAACUGACUACACACCAAUCAGGUCCUAAUGGUCUGGUCCUUGGUAGAACCCAACUGACUACACACCAAUCAGGUCCUAACGGUCUGGUCCUUGGUAGAACCCAACUGACUACACACCAAUCAGGUCCUAAUGGUCUGGUCCUUGGUAGAACCCAACUGACUACACACCAAUCAGGUCCUAAUGGUCUGGUCCUUGGUAGAACCCAACUGACUACACACCAAUCAGGUCCUAAUGGUCUGGUCCUUGGUAGAACCCAACUGACUACACACCAAUCAGGUCCUAACGGUCUGGUCCUUGGUAGAACCCAACUGACUACACACCAAUCAGGUCCUAACGGUCUGGUCCUUGGUAGAACCCAACUGACUACACACCAAUCAGGUCCUAACGGUCUGGUCCUUGGUAGAACCCAACUGACUACACACCAAUCAGGUCCUAACGGUCUGGUCCUUGGUAGAACCCAACUGACUACACACCAAUCAGGUCCUAACGGCCUGGUCCUUGGUAGAACCCAACUGACUACACACCAAUCAGGUCCUAACGGUCUGGUCCUUGGUAGAACCCAACUGACUACACACCAAUCAGGUCCUAACGGCCUGGUCCUUGGUAGAACCCAACUGACUACACACCAAUCAGGUCCUAACGGCCUGGUCCUUGGUAGAACCCAACUGACUACGCACCAAUCAGGUCCUAACGGCCUGGUCCUUGGUAGAACCCAACUGACUACACACCAAUCAGGUCCUAAUGGUCUGGUCCUUGGUAGAACCCAACUGACUACACACCAAUCAGGUCCUAAUGGUCUGGUCCUUGGUAGAACCCAACUGACUACACACCAAUCAGGUCCUAAUGGUCUAGUCCUUGGUAGAACCCAACUGACUACACACCAAUCAGGUCCUAAUGGUCUGGUCCUUGGUAGAACCCAACUGACUACACACCAAUCAGGUCCUAAUGGUCUGGUCCUUGGUAGAACCCAACUGACUAACUGACUAUACUGUGUCCCAGAGCAACAGUAACACACACAGUACUAUACUGUGUCCCAGAGCAACAGUAACACACCACACACACACUGUACUAUACUGUGUCCCAGAGCAACAGUAACACACCACACACACACUGUACUAUACUGUGUCCCAGAGCAACAGUAACACACCACACACACACUGUACUAUACUGUGUCCCAGAGCAACAGUAACACACCACACACACACUACUAUACUGUGUCCCAGAGCAACAGUAACACACCACACACACAC